AUGCACGGUAGAUACAAGACUGAAAUCGAGAAUCUACUGGACAAGGGAUAUGCGGAACGUGUGCUGAGCAGUGACAUUGAUGCUUCGCCUGGUGGGACCUGGUAUUUGCCUCAUCAUAAUGUGGUCAACCCCAACAAGCCUGAGAAACUCCGCAUAGUCUUUGACUGUGCUGCUGAAUAUGCAGGAACAUCUCUGAACAAGAAUGUUAUGCAAGGCCUCGACAUGACCAACAAGCUGAUUGGCGUAUUGGUGAGGUUCAGAGAGCAAAGAGUAGCAGUUAUGGGUGAUAUAGAGGCGAUGUUUUACCAGGUCAAGGUGACUCCAUCCCACAGAGAUGUUCUGAGAUUCUUGUGGUGGAGAGAUGGAGACAUAGCCAACCAGCCUGAAGUCUUCAGAAUGGCAGUCCAUCUCUUCGGAGGUGUUUGGUGCCCAAGCUGUGCAAGUUAUGCUCUCCACAGAACGGCCGAAGACCACAAGGACGAAUUUGACCCUGAAGUCAUCACCACUGUGAUGGAAAACUUCUACGCUGAUGACUGCUUGAAGUCAGUGGAGAAUGACGAGAAGGCCAUGAAGUUGGUGGAACAACUGUGCAAGCUGCUAUCUAUGGGUGGUUUUCGGCUAACCAAAUGGUUGUCAAACAGUCGGAAGCUCAUCGAAUCCAUCCCGCUGGAGGAAAGAGCCAAGAGCGCUAAAGAAGUCGACCUGGACAAUGGAUUACUACCUGUUGAGAGAGCUCUUGGAGUGCACUGGGAUACACACACGGAUGUUCUUGGUAUCAAAAUAAAGCCAAAAGAGAAGGGUUACACCAGAAGAGGUCUUCUGAGCAUCGUGAGUUCUGUAUAUGAUCCACUUGGAUUCGUGUGCCCAUUUGUGCUCCAAGCAAAGAAGAUAUUCCAAGAUGAGUGCAAGAGAGGAAAAGACUGGGAUGACGAACUAGAGCCAGGAAACCUUGAGCAGUGGAUGAAGUGGCUGCAGGGUCUACCCAAGCUGGAAGAAUUCAGUGUUCCCAGGUGUAUCGUACCUCGAGAGUUUGGGACACCCACCAGUGUACAGCUACAUCACUUCUGCGAUGUGUCUAUGGUUGCUUAUGGAGCAGUAUCGUACAUCAGGCUGGUAGACAACCGGGGACAUAUCCACACCUCAUUCUUGAUGGGAAAAUCAAGACUGGCUCCCAUGAAGUCGAUGACCAUUCCACGACUUGAGCUCUCGGCAGCAGUCAUGGCAGUGCGGAUGGACAGUAUUCUGCAACGUGAAAUGAGGCUGGAGGUUCAGAGUACCACAUUUUGGACUGAUAGCCAGAUUGUCUUGCAAUACAUCAAGAAUACCUCGAAGAGAUUCCAGACCUUCGUCACCAACAGAGUGAAUGUCAUUCACGAUGGUUCGCUGCCAGCUCAAUGGAGGUAUGUGGAUACACGCUCUAACCCAGCAGAUGACGCCUCCAGAGGGCUUGAUGCCAAGCAGAUUUUAUGCCAACCAAGAUGGAAACAGGGUCCGGCGUUCCUGUCAGCAGAUGAGACAGCUUGGUCAGUGGAGCCUGAAGCAAGUCCGGACCUGCUCCAAGAUGACAAGGAAGUCAAGCAUGAGGCAAAGACCUGUGCUGUUGAGGCAGUUGCCCCAGACGAUCUCAUCAACACACUGCUGAAGAGGUAUUCGAGCUGGCUUCGCUUGAAGAAGACAGUGGCGUGGUUGUUGCGUUUCAAGGCGUGGCUCCGCAAUCACAGACAGCAGGAACCGGAAGUGUCCUUACAGGUUCACGACUUACAGGCAGCUGAGAAGGCAAUCAUUGCACACCUGCAGGAGAAGCACUUUGGUGAGGAAGUGCGUGCUUUGAAAACAAACGGGACCAUUUCCAGGAAGAGCGCCGUAUACAGCCUGGACCCUGUGGUGGAUGAUGAUGGUCUGCUGCGAGUUGGAGGGAGGUUAAAGAUGGCGCCACUCACAGAACAAGCAAAGCACCCACUGAUAGUACCCAGAGAACACCAUGUAACUGAGCUCAUCAUCAGACACUACCAUGAGAGGAAGUCAGCACACUCGGGGAGGGAGUAUGUGCUGUGCCUGACGAGGGAGCGCUUUUGGAUUCCUAGAGCGCGCCCACUCAUCAACAGAGUACUUCGUGACUGUGUUGUCUGCAGGAGGAUCAGAGGAAAAACAUGUGCCCAGAGAAUGGCUGACCUACCUAAAGGCGUCUGGGAACGCCAAAUCAGAACAGUACGCAAGGUCAUCAACUCUCUGCUCAAGGACCAAGUGCUGGAUGAUGAGCGAUUGGAUACCUUAUUUUGUGAGGUGGAAUCCGUUGUGAAUGGACGCCCAGUCACUCCUGUCUCCGAUAGUCCCGAUGAUGCAGAAACUCUGACCCCAAACCACCUGCUGCUGCUCAGAGCUGGCCAGCCUGCACCUACAGGGAACUUCAUCAAGCAGGAUGCGUAUGGACGGCGCUGGAGACAUGUGCAGCUGCUUGCAGAUCAGUUCUGGAAGCGCUGGAUACGCGAGUAUCUCCCAACUCUACAGCUGAGGAGAAAGUGGAUAGAUCCCCAGAGGAACGUGGUCGCAGGAGACACUGUACUGAUCAUGGAGGAGACUACACCAAGGAGGAACUGGCCCUUGGGACUCAUCACGAGGACAUUUCCAGGCAAGGAUGGACUUGUGAGGACGGCUGAGGUGAAGACUCGCCAGAACAUUGUGGUCAGACCUGUCGACAAGCUCUGCCUGCUUGAGUCAGCUGACUGA